UGUGCGGAGGACUUAGGGGAGCCAGUCCGCUGAUCAUCCGCCAUUCUGUAGAAAACAGAGAAUAUUAAGCGAGAAGAGGAGGUAAAAGGAACGAGGUUGAUAUACUGCGAACGAAAGAAAAGAGCUUUCUGGUAUCAAAUAGUGAUAAAGAGAUUGUAGCAAGUGCUGACAUGCGUCGUACAAGUUGUGACUCUGGCAUGAAAAACAUACUCUGCAGAUAUUUUAUGAAUGGAAUUUGUACAGCUGGUUCAAACUGCAAGUUUUCUCAUGAUGCCAGGGACAGACCUUCAAUGGUUUGUAAGUACCAUCUUAAAGGUUUGUGUUCUUAUGGCAAAUCCUGUAGAUAUGACCAUGUAAAUCCAGACCGUGAUCAAAACAGAACUCCUUUUUCUCAAAAGCCAGUUGUAACCAAUCUUGACGACAGARGCACACAGGAAAGUAAGAUGGUACGUUUAACCAAAAAAAAUUUAAAGGCUAGUUCAAUACCACCAAAUAAUUGGGUCGAGGCACCAGAGUUCGUACCUGGACAGGAUUACAGAGGUUUCACUAAUUCAACUUCAGAUAAUCAUCUUCCUUCUGAAAAUAUCUGUAAAGGGAAAGCUGUAAGUUCGCUUAUGAGCUAUUCUGAAGCUGUACUUGUCGGAACUGAAGUACUGGAUGAGUUAAAUGAUGAAGAAGCAUCCUAUAUGUUGUGUCCUUUUGCUGCAAUGGGAAAAUGUACAUUUGAAGUAUGUCCAUAUGUUCACGGUCUUGAAUGUGACUUGUGUGGUAAGCUCUGUUUACAUCCCUACAAUCAAGAGCAACAAACAGAUCAUAGAAUAGAGUGCAUCGGAAAACAUGAAAGGUGUAUGGAAUAUUCAUUUGCUGUACAAAGGUAAAUAAAUAUAUAUAYUUGUUUUAAUUUGAGUAGAUCGAUUAUUUCUGUUAAAGUUAUAAUGUAAGCUACUCUGCUUCUCAUAAUAAAUAUACUUCAGCAGUGUGCCACUUGCUCAAACUCUUGUUCAUGAUAGUAAUGAUGGUGGUGGUGGUGGUGAAGACGGUUAAAAGAAUAAUGUGACCGAAUUCCAGCUGUAGCUUAAGAAGUUAUUUAAAUAUGUUUGGUGUAAUCAUUAGUAUGUAAGCUGGAUAGUAUGUAGCCUCUUAAACUAGAUUGAUUCCUUUUACUGGAUAUUCCUUUUACCUAUGGUAGACCAGUCUUAAAUUACCAUCGUUCUUACUACUUUUUUUCUGAUUACCCCGCUACAAAUGGCGGAAAAGUUGCGCGCAGGCUUCCUUAGCUUCGGGUAAUCAAAAGAGACCCCUUCCAGCUGUACCUGUCAAGCUUAAGGUUACUGUUUACCUUCAGACCUUCAACAAAACCCUAUAAACUAUAUAUUGUUUUAAAGGUCAAAUGCUAAAGAUUUCGAAACUAACAUUAUGAAAUGCGACUUUCUAAUUUGAAACGCUACCGGAGCCUUAAGAGCAAUUGUCUGUAAGCGUCGGCUGGGCCAUGAAGGAUAGAAAAAUCGAAAAUUUUCAAAACUCAUUCGAAGAAUACCCUCAAAGCCCUUAUCACAAAAAUAUAACUUUUAGUUUCAUCCGAUCUUUUUUUGGCGAGUUAUCGAGCAUUUUAUGAUUUGACGUUCAUCGACCGAUUUUAACGGCUCGAGAAGGCCGAUUUUAAACAGCUCUAUACGACAAAUAAACAAAUACGAAACUUAGUCAAUGCUUGUUUUCUCAAUAAAGAAUUAUGUCUUCGAA